UAGGGUGGGUAGCCCUUUCGCCCUGCGCGCGUGCGCAGGGUGGUGCUGCGGUGUGGGGCCGCCGUCCCCCAUGUCGGCUCCCUUCGAGGAGCGUAGCGGGGUAGUGCCCUGCGGGACGCCCUGGGGCCGCUGGUACCAGACCUUGGAGGAGGUGUUCAUCGAGGUGCGGGUGCCGCCGGGCACUCGGGCCAAGGACGUCCGCUGCAGCCUGCAGAGCCGGCACAUCGCGCUUUCCGUGGGGGGCCAGGAGCUGCUGCAGGGUAAACUUUUCGACUCUACAAUAACUGAUGAAGGAACGUGGACGUUAGAAGACAGGAAGCUGAUACGAAUUGUUCUAAUGAAGACAAAUCGAGAUGCUGGAAAUUGUUGGACAUCUCUGUUAGAAAAUGAAUAUGCUGCUGAUCCUUGGGUGCAGGACCAGAUGCAAAGAAAACUUACACUGGAGCGAUUCCAAAGAGAGAACCCUGGAUUUGAUUUCAGCGGAGCAGAAAUUUCUGGAAAUUACAGCAAAGGAGGGCCAGACUUUUCUAGUCUUGAGAAGUAAACUGUUCAUCUGUGUUCCUUGAGGGGAAUUACAGACUUAAGGACUGGAAUCAUGUAACUGCUGAAGACUUCAGUGAUCUCUUCAACGGAUUAUUGUCAAGUAAUUACUUCAGUGAAGAGAAAGAUCUCUUCCAGUAGAAUGAAGAUAAAGUGUUAUCAGCUGAUUUAUAAGCUGCAAUAACUUUCUAGUACUAAAUGACAAACUAUAGAGAAAGGUGUACAUAAAGUAACAUCUUUAAGCAGAGUGUUGGGUUUGGGUUGUUUUUUUU